ACAAAAUCCCAAUAAAUUAGAUGUAGAGUGGAGAUGAUUGUUUUUCGCUUUGUAUUAGGAUAAUAGCCUGCUUCCAGUUAGACUAGGGAUACUUGACACAUUCUGUACUCUUUUUAUAUUUUCGUUUCGUUUCUCCCUGCUUAGCUUCGCAUAGUCCCUUAGUUCUGAUUCAGUCUCCUUCUAACCAUGUUCCCCUUUUCGAUUACCCAAUGCUCCCAAUUCAUGUCCCUGUGACGCUCCUAUUGCUGCUUGGGAACGUGAAGGCUCACGCUCAACCUUUUCUUUCCUUUGGCUUUUGUAACUUUUGCCAUCCACUAGUAUCUUUGUUCUUCCUGUUUCAUCCAAUUCCGUUCUUUCUUACAUAACAAUGGCCG